CAAGUCUUCUGGUCCUUAUAAAUAACUUAGAGCCAUAAUAUAGAUCACAUAAACUCAUGAGGAAGUCUAAGGCGACAUUAUGGAUGUUAUGUCUCAGUGCCAUGGGAGCUUGAUAGCCUUCGAAGGGCCUCAAGAUGCUAUAUCAACCCAGCUCCGACUGCUUCCGAGCUCACCUAAUAUCUUGAUCAUCCCACCACUCCAGCAAUUCAUGAAGGAAGAGGACCCGGAAACACCCUUCCAUGCCCAGUCGCAUAUUCUAGCGGUACACAACGCAUGUAGUGACAGAGCCGAAGUAGCACGGUCGUUCUUACAAAACUCUACACCAAGGAAUAAGCGACUAGUCUUCAUGAACGGGGGUACGGCGAGUGCCCAGAUGGAAUGCAUUUCCGACAUCAGCAAGCACUUGACAGACGGGGAUUUUUCCAAAGCCGAACGUAUCUUCAACAGGCUUGUUAGAAACGGAGCCUCUGGACUACAGAGUCGUUAUACAACCAAUGUAGACAUUGAGACGUCGCAAAUAAUCCUUGCCAGACCGCAGCCGAGCGACCAAGAUGGAGAGAUAACUAGCGAUCCGGUAUCCGAGGCUAUGAGAGCUGCUGAUGCACUCGACUUACAGACUGCCUCCUUGCAACCAAACAAUGAUAUUGAUCUAACGAAUACAACCCGGUCCCGAAGCACGAGUGUACCAACUUAUCGGGUGGUCGACGACUUCCAAAACGCAACCCCUUUCUAUGUCUUCGGGGCUCGCAAAUGGCAGGGGAGGAAUACUCGCGACUCGGACUCCCCCCAGACUCCUCGUCGCAGCCAUACUACUGCGGACUUACGAAAGACUACUAAACGGGUCCUGGAGCCGGCCGGGUCGCGAAUGAAUGAACUGGAUAACCAACCAGGAUCUCCAGAUAGUCCGGAAGAGGAGCGUCCUAAAAGUAAACUGUCCCCUGCGAGUUUGGACUUGAGUAGUCCGCGAUCUUUCAAGCUUGAGUCGACGCUAAACACACCAUCGAUAUGUGAAGCAUUUGCCGUCCAAGUUCGGCCUUCUGCCACGACCGCUUCCCAUAAGAAGAUCAGGCCUGUUGAUCGGAUCUACUCCAGCGCCAUACGCAACCAAGACAUUCUACUAUGCAGUUUUCCGGAGCCGCCUCGGUCGAGACCGCAAAGUCUAGAUGUAAGUCUAGGGGUCCGUCAGGACAAGUUAACGCCUCGAUCCAAGUUCGCGACCGAAAUUCCGAGACCUACUUUCAGCACACCGAAGAGGUCUAUAGUUAGACGUAACCCUCCUUCUCCUCUGAGGCUUCAGAAAGCACCGCUACGGCCGGCGACUUACGUCGACCGCGGUACAAAUCCAAGGAAUAGCUAUGUGGAUAGGGGUACGAUUACGGAGUCGGAACCAUCCGGUGGGAUUUCCAAGUCUGAUAUGAGGGAUUCCGUAUCUCUCUAUAUCGAAACUCCUGCUGAAGCCGACCCCCAUGAGACAUACGAGCCAAUUUUACCCAUGGUCGAAAACCUGGUAAUAUUCUUCAAGUCUGGGAAGAAUGAUCCUCGGCUGGAGGCAACGAUUCAAUCCUUCCGAGAGGGUAAAUACCCCAUAUAUAAAUCGCCGUCGGAACCUGAAGCAAAAAGGACUAGUCAUCAAUCAAGCCCUUCAAGCGAACAAGAUCCAGAGUCUGUGGUCCCUGACAAUAAGAGACAUAGUUGCGCCAAACAUGAAGUGGUACCGGCUUGUCACAUAGACUCCGAUGACUAUGACCCCUUCGCGUACGAGAAAUACCCCCAUCCAUCCCGGCCCUGGCCCUUCAAGCCAGACUCAAAUAACCACAGACCUUCCACUCCACCGACACCCGCCCAGACGCCACCCCUAGCCAUAGAAAAACUAGAGAGACGCUUCCACGACUUCACAACAACGGACUGCCGGACAGCAGUGUGCAUGCAGAACUCGCUCCGUUCCAUCCUCAACAUCUACUUCCCGCCCGAGGACGCCGGCUACCACCAAUUCAACUUCCCGCUGCUCCCCGAGCUCAGCAGCCUCUGGAAGCCGGUCUUCCGGGAAGCCGACUCGGACACGGCCGUGCAGCGGAAGCGGAAAGUCGAUCUCAUCCUUGGGAUCGGGGCGCAGCAGGGCGUUGAUAGGGAGUUCCUCGGGGCGAUUAGCGGUUCUUUGGAGAAGCUAGGUACGAAGCCGAACGGUGUUAGUCGGAGCGGGAGGUUGGAUUUGAGGUUCCUCAUCGCAAACGCCAUGCAAGCCUUCACCGCACAACCCCUAACCAACCAGACCCAGGACAACCCCUUUUCCAACCCCCUCCUCCUGGCCACGCUGAUCAUCCCCCACCUCGAGACGUACAUGGCCGCGCACUCCGCAACACGCUUCCUCCUCCUCGAGUACCCCCCCGAGCACCUAUCCACCGUGCUAGCCCUCCAGCGCUUAGUCGGCGUCGACCUGCUCAAAGUCGCCGGGAUCCUGUACUCGGGAGACGCCUCGCCGCAGCCGUACCCGGGCUUCAAAGUGCCGCCGCGCACGGCGACGCACCCGCGCACCGGCUCCGGGCCCGGCAUCCUGCGCAGCACCACGCGCUCCGGGGCCACGCUUCUGGCGCCGACGCGCUCCAAGCACCACCGCCGCCGCGAGACGCCGCCGCCGUUCGCCAAGGCCAAUUUCCUGCUGACGUCGUCGGCGAACGAGUCCGAGAUCGCCACGCUGAUCUCGACCAUCUGGAAGAUCCUGAUUGACAUCUCGCCGUUUUACAUCCCGGAGGGCAUGGCGUCGACGAGGGCCUCGACGCACGGCGAGCGGGAUGCGAAGAGCGAGACGCAUGGCCAGGGGAGGCCGCUGGCUCAGACGCCGUUGAUAAAUGCCUCGCGGCAGCCUGCUUCGUUGACUGGUGCCUCGGCGAUCAUGGGAUUCCGGCGGCAGGGUGUUGGCGACGAUGAUGCCCCGGCGGAGUACAACUCAGGCAUCGUAUACACCGACACCAACCCGCCCCCUCUACCACCUAAGCACCGUCCUUCUCCAUCAACCCCAACCCCAACCCCCACCCCAACCCCGACCUCAUCCCAAUCCCCAUCCCCACCCUCACCACCUUCCAUCCCUCCGCCCUCCCUCCAAGCCCCUCUCCCCCAACCCAAGCCCGUCAAAUCCUCCAAAAGCUCCGUAACUUCCACCCGGACCACCCGUAGCCAGCGGAACAAGCUGCGGAGUAUCCUGGGGCGGGAGCCGGACGGGGACGAGGUAUGGGAAUGGGAGUCCUGCUGGGACGAAGAGGACGCGCGGCUCGCGGCCGAGGCCCGCAAGUACAUGCCGCUGUAUGGGCGGCGGAGCGGGCCGCGCAAGGGGAGCAGUCGGAAGGCGUUGAAGUGGCUCGGGUUAGCUACAUAAAGGGCUCCCCCCCCUUUCUUCUUUGUUUUCUCUUGGCUUGGUGCCGGGAUAGUUCUUUCGGUUCGGUUCUAUACAUCUACAGUUCUCAGGUUUGGGUUUUUGUACGCUGGGAAGGGAGG